AUGCCAUAUGUUGGGAUCGGAGCGCAGCAAGAUAGCAAAAAAUCACUUCUCGGCCCAUCAAUGUUGAAGGUGUACGGGAUUAUUGUGUUCACUCUAUUUUUGACAUUAGCAAUUGCUGGAUUAGGAAAACACCAUUCGUUACAUCCAUCUCCACGUCCAAAAUUUGAAACUGUAGCAGAUGUACACGAUACCAUAUCAAAUGUUCUCAUAUCGAGUGUAAAUCCGGAAAAUAUUAAGUCGAAUUUACGAAAAUUCACAAAAGAUCCUCACCUAGCUGGUACCGAGGCCAAUAAGAGGGUGGCAGAUGAGAUCGCUAAAUUGUGGAAUGAUUGUGGUUUGGAAGAUGUUCACACUAUUCCUUACGAAGUUUUACUCUCCUACCCGGAUUUUACAACACCUAAUCGAAUAACUAUUGUUGAUUCAAAUGGAAAAUUACUCUUCAAGAGUUCCGGCGUCAGUCCAUCAAUUAUUCCGGAUGAACAAGGAUCGAAAUUCGCUGGUCAUCAAUGGUUAGCAUAUUCUGCAUCCGGGAAAGUAACGGCGGAUGUGGUGUACUGUAAUCGAGGACUACAACAAGAUUUUGAUAAUCUUAAAAGGAUGAACAUAGACAUAAAGGGUAAAAUCGCCCUUAUGCGCUUCGGUGAGGGUUUCCGAGGGGACAAAGUGUACCGAGCACAGCAAAAUGGAGCAGCAGGAGCCAUUAUAUUUUCGGAUCCGGAUGAUGUUGCUAGAGAAGGGACUGACAGAGAUCAUGUAUACCCAAAAACUUUGUGGAUGCCAAAUGAGGGAGUUCAGCGCGGAUCAAUCAUGCAUGGAGAUGGUGAUCCACUUACUCCGUUGUAUCCGUCAAAAAAGGAGCUUUUCAAGAGCCGCACAAUAGACCAGGCGAAGCGUGAUGGAGUCCUCCCAAGCAUUCCAGUGCUCCCAAUAUCGUAUACUACAGCAUUCCAAAUUCUGUCAAGAAUGAAGGGUCGACCAGCUCCUCAGCCAUGGCAAGGUGCUGUGAACGUAACCUAUAAAAUUGGACCAGGAUUUCAAUCUGACGAGAAGUUGACAAUGGAAGUACACGGAAAUCUUAAAAUAAAGAAAAUUCGGAACGUUUUGGGUUAUAUUCGUGGAAAAGAUGAACCAGAUCGCUAUGUGAUGUUAGGGAACCAUUACGAUGCAUGGGUCUACGGAUCUAUGGAUCCUAACAGCGGAACCGCCAUAUUAGCCGAGGUGGCACGAGCUAUGAUGCAAGUUGUGAAUGAGACUGGAUGGAGACCGGCUCGCACAAUAAUAUUCGCUGCUUGGGAUGGCGAGGAGCACGGAAUUGUUGGAUCUACUGAAUUUGUCGAAGAAUUUACGGACAUACUAAGACAUCGUACAGUUGUUUAUCUGAACAUGGAUUGUCUUCAUGGGAAUAUGAGCCUAAGUGCCGCCACAAUUCCAUCACUUCGGAGAGUUGUCAUGGAGGCUGCUAAGAAGAUACCGAACCCAUUGAAAUCAGAACGAAGCAAAGGACGGCAAACAAUUUACGAUUCUUGGAUUAGGACCUUUCCUUCUGACAUUCCUGGGAUGCCAACGAUGACAGUUCCCGGAGGUGGUUCGGACCAUGCUGCUUUCCUUACAUACGCUGGAGUUCCUGUCGUCGAUUUCUCGUACAAAAAUGCAACUACACACGAUACGUACCCGUUGUAUCACACCAUGUAUGAGACACCAUUCUUGAAUGAACAUCUCUUGGAUACGGACAACUUUGCUGUUCAUCGAGCAGUAGGACAGUUCUGGGCAGAACUUGCACGUUUUUUCACAGACGAAGCUGUGCUUCCUUUUAACACAACUGAUUUAGCAGUUGCUAUCGCAAAGGACUACAUCCCUGAUCUGGCUAAAGCAUUAACUCCACUGAAAUACUUCCAAACCGCGAUACAACCUGCAGUUCAGCAACUCUCCUACAUGACAAGAGCAUCGCAGGAAUUUCUUCAAAUGAGUCGUAAAUUCGAGAAGACGAUGUUUUUUACGAGAUCAGCAUUCUCACAAAAUCCGUACGAUCCUAGACAUAUAGCAGCAGUAAACGAAAGGCUGAUGAAUGUUCAACGAUGUUUCAUCAAUCCUCGUGGUAUGCCAUCAGCACCACAAUCCAGACAUGUUCUCUACUCAAUCAGCGAACAUGACAGCUAUUCAAGUAGACAAAUGGCGGCGAUCUACGACGCAAUUGAUGCUUUCGUAAAAACCGAGUCCGAUCAGCAACGGAUGAUGUGGGGAGCAGAAAUUGCAAAUCAGAUGUCUAUUGUACAGUACUCCGUCCACUGUGCAACCAAUACGCUCAAGGAUGUGAUUUGA